AGGAGCUACAAGUUGAACUCUUGAAAAUCUAGGCAGCGAAGGAAAAUCGAAAGCGAGCAUCUUCUGAGAGAAGCACGACACAAUCCAUUUUCUGAAAGAUUAAGGGUUCUAGAAUGUUCCACCGGGGGUUGAGCUUGGAGUAGCGAUAAGAUUAUUCCUUGUAACCUGAAAGUCACAUGCUCGAAUUGCAAAAAUGCAAGGAUAAGGUUACGCACAAUUGAUACCAUCAUCUCUACCUCGCAAGUCGGAGCCUUGUGCACGUGUUUGCCCUUUUUAGCCCUUUUAGAGUUAUCCUGAAUCUUGAAAAGGGAUACACCCUCUAUCCUUAUCAAUCAUUGAUUUAGAUUUUUUUUUUUUUUUUUUAAUUUUCUGUAACCAAUUGGAGAACUUCAAUGUCAUAAGCUGUCUGUAAAUAUAGUGUGUAAGAAGUUAUGGAAGGCAUGUUAAUAGUGUUGUUUGCAGCCAGGAUAGUUUCUGAAUUAUCUCGUUUGCUUUUCUUUUAUACUUUGUUAAGCACGACAAUGUAUAGGAUAAAACAAUUGGUACUAUUACUGAUGCAGUUACUAUUUUGAAGGCUUCUUAUUGUUUGUCUUGUAAUCUUUAUAAUUGUAAGAGUGGAUGGCCAGGAAACAGAAGAUAGUUGUGAGGGUGUCUUUUUUUUUUUAAGGAAUAAACGUUUCUUUAUUUUGUCCUUACCUUGUCAUAUUUUGACAUUUCUUUUGAUGCAAUGGAUAUCUAGCUUCAAUUUUGUUUAGAUAUUGGAUUGAUGUCUACACAUCUAUCACAGCCAGAAACAAUUUAUUUAGAAUAUUUAUUAUUUAUUUAUUUGUUUAUUUAUUAUUAUUAUUAUUAUUGUUGUUGUUGUUGUAGUAAUAGGGUUCCUUUCCUCGCUCAAGAGUUAAUGUGAAUUUAGCUUAUAAUUAGAAAGUUUAAAUUUUAGACAGUAGUGAUUUAACUGAGCUUUAGUGUUGACUAGGAAACUAAGAUUUGAACAUUAGUUCACUAAUAAUGAGCUUCUCAUUUUCUGUUAUAUUUGUUGAUGAAAAUUGCAGUUAAUUUGUUGAUAAAGGUGAAGGGCUUAAUGUCUUCUAAACGACAGCGAAUUGUUGAGCCAGGAUCUUCAUUCUAUGGGACUUCCGCUGGUUCCAGUUUUAUGUACAAUCCUCCAUAUGAAUAUGUCAGCCAACCUUCUCCAACUUUCCCUGUUGUUCGAUUGCGUGGACUUCCCUUUGAUUGUACUGAAACUGAUGUUGCUGAGUUCUUCCAUGGUCUUGAUAUAGUUGAUGUUCUUUUUGUUCACAAAGGUGGCAUGUUCAGUGGGGAAGCCUUCUGUGUUCUGGGGUAUCCUCUUCAAGUUGACUUUGCUCUUCAAAGAAAUAGACAGAACAUGGGUAGAAGAUAUGUUGAGGUUUUCAGAAGUAAGAGGCAGGACUAUUACAAGGCAAUUGCAAAUGAGGUUUCAGAUGCCCGAGCUGAACCACCUCGUCGAAGUGCUUCCCGGGCUAAAUCAUACGAUGAAGGAAAAGAGUCAGUUGAGCACACAGGGGUGUUGCGACUGAGGGGAUUGCCUUUUUCUGCUAGUAAGAAUGACAUAAUGGAGUUCUUCAAGGAUUAUGUGCUGUCAGAAGAUUCUAUUCAUGUUAUAAUGAAUUCGGAGGGGAGACCUUCCGGGGAGGCUUAUGUGGAGUUUGAAAGUGCUGAAGAUUCUAAAGCAGCAAUGGAGAAAGACAGGAUGACCCUUGGGAGUCGCUACAUAGAGUUAUUUUCUUCAUCAUACAGUGAGAUGGAAGAAGCAAUUUCAAGAGGUCGGUGAUUCCUUAGUGGGCGUGUGUUCUGUCAUAUGCUAUUUUGUAGUUGUUAUCAUUGUUAGCUUAAUCCUCUAAAUUUUGCUACGGUAGCUUAAAUUAUAAUAAGGAAAUAUUUUGGCGCUAGUAAAAUGAUAUUUAAUUAUAUAUUGUUUAUAAAAAGAAAUGAUCAGUUGC